AUGGCAAAGAGCUACGGAACGGAGACCAUCGAUUUUGCUAGAGAGCAAGACGCGUUUAUUGAACACCCCGUCCGAUGCAAUCGCCCUAGUCGCAAUUUAUGGGGGGCCAUGAUAUUCGUGACAGUGGUUGGACUGGCUGGUUUUACCUACGUGGGUUGGACAAUGCACAACUCUUUAGUAACUCAGCAAGUAGCCAUUGCCACUAUGCAGCAGCAACUGGAUGCAAUGUACUCUGCUAUUCUGGUGGAUAAAGAGACGACGUGGAACAGCAAGACAUUCAAGGAGUUCCCAACUAAGUUUGUAGUCGACUACGUCACCCCGCUAAAGACACAAGACGAGCGCGGCACCUGCUGGGACUUUGCUACUGUUGCCGUGUUGGAGAACACCUACCGACAGCAGGGAAUUGCGCAAGGAUGGAUGCAAGAAGACGAGUACAUGGCGAUAUCCGAGCAGGCUUAUGGAGCAGAAGUAUUGCGUCUAUGUGCUGGUCCCCCCGAUUCUCCUCAGCAAGUGGCGUGCUUGAUUCCGGGAAACGGCGUCUGGAAAAACACAACGGAGGGUGGGGACGCCAGUUUGCUUUUGUACUUGAUAAACCGAUUAGCUGACAACAUCUAUCCCCAUUCAACUUGCCCGUAUUAUCCUGAUGAUGGCAACGACACAGUGUGUCCUGCACUAACGCGUGAAAAGCGUAAAGUCAACCCGUUAAGCCUAAAGCUAAAGAAGAUGGAAACUUUGAUGGAUGAGGUGUCGAUCAAGCGUGCGAUGGUAAAAGAUCGUCGAGCCAUGACGUUGACGACUGCAACACCCUACACGACACACUACUACCCUUGUAUCGGUGACUUUGCAAAUGAGGAUCGGUGUAAGCCAGCUUCAAUAUCUUGUACGCUAUGCCCGCCGAAGCUAUCCAUGACGACAUGCUGUGUUCCAAUUGAAAAAGGAGAGAGCUACAACAUGAACGGCGAAUUCAUCACUAGCCACGUUAUGAACAUCGAGGGUGGACAUGUGAUGACACUCGUCGGCUAUAACGACCUCUACCGCACGAAACAGGGCUACACGGGUGGAUAUAUACUUAAGAACUCUUGGUUCGACGGCAUCCACCCAGCACUUGGACCGAGGCAUGCUCGAGGCAGCCACAGUCUCAAAUAUUGGCUGCAGGAGAUUACCGAGUGGGAAGAGGCGAGUAUGUGUCCUAACAGCUACAACCCUGAGAAUUGGUACCAAUGUGGCAAUACGGCUGAAGUGAUUGAUUCCAGAUACGAUGGUGGUGGUGAUGCUGGAUUGAAUAUCCCAUUGCCUAUGAAACGUUCGAGUACGGUUCGAGGUGGGAUUGAAUCGUGUUUGUCCAAAGAGACGGAAUUGUAUGCCAAAGUGAAUUUACAGCCUCUGCAUUUGCACUGCACUGACUCGAGCUUGUGUGUCGUGAGCAACGAGUAUACGUACUUUGUCCGUAACACGACGCAAUGGGGUGAUCACAUGCUACGAAUGUGUUUGUUCGAGUACAAUACGAUGACCAGCACAUCAAGUGAAGUGUGUUUCCCACCCUUGUUGGCACAAAAGAUUGCGUAUGUGCUGUCUCCUGUACAAGAAGAAGUGCACGAGAAUGAUCCAGACGUCUGUGGCUUUUACUUUUACCCGUAUCAAGUUCAAGAGCACUACAAGACGCAGUUUGGCAACUUUUACGUCAAUAACUUUGACAUUGAGUGGCAAGCACAAUCGUAUGUUGCAAACAAGGUCUUGUAUCCGGAUUUGGACUAUCACGAUGUGAUCGAAUCGACGUAUCAACAACGACAGUAUGAGUUUAUCGGACCAUUGCCAUUUGCUCAUGUGAUUGCCAAGAAGGACUUGCCCAGUGUAUGA